CUCUUGGGCAUCAGGCUCAGGGAUCGACGUUUCUGUGCCUCAGGUGUUACCCUGUGAUCUGCGCGUGCUCCCAAGACUCCCUGCAGGAGGAACAGGUUCCGCGCCUUUACAGCCAGAGGACUGGCACCCAGCCAAGAGUGCAGAUGAUGCACAGACUUAAUUUGCAGGGCCAUAGGCAUGCAAGGACCCGCAGCCACACUUGAAAAUGACAGACCCCAGGACGCAGAACUGCCCAGGACCUGACACUCGCGUCUAGCCUCGCCUCGUGCCCUUAAGUUCUCAAGGCACGCGUCCUGGUGAGGACACGCAGUCCCCGCUUCCCUUUGGUCCGCAGCGCAGUUUUCGCUCUGCUACGUUGUAGGGACAGGCUGAAACCGACUGGCAUCCGCCGGACUUUGGAGCCUGAGCAUGGAGGUAUUGCAGGAAGAGGGCAAAGGGGCGACAGGCACCCUGGACGCCAUGGCCACAACUGCUAGUGAAGUCCGCGGGGACACGCCCGCUUCCAGGUCUCUGGGGCGGCGGGAUUGCGGCGCGCGCUCCUGAUUGGCUCGUGCAGUGUCCGCACGGCUGCCAAGCGCCGCCCGCGGACAGAGCAGGGAGUAACGGGACUGUGGUCGCGGGCAGCCCCAGCCACGCACCAUGCCCUAUCUGCUCAUCAGCACUCAGAUCCGUAUGGAGGUGGGCCCCACCAUGGUGGGUGAUGAACACUCGGAUCCAGAGCUGAUGCAGCACCUGGGGGCCUCCAAGAGAAGUGUCUUGGGAAACAACUUCAAAUGGCAGAUGGAUCCAGGCGCUACCCGUAUCUGCAGCUCCAGGAUUGCAGGACAACCAGAGCCACAGAGGGCAGGCUACUCAGAGAAGACUAACAUCACUCAGCAGUUGCAAGGCUCCCCUGGGGCCUGCUACUCAAGGCAGGCAGAGCUGACCAGCCUGUUCUCACAUGUGUCCUCAGGAAGAGUAAUGGUGUUUUCCUCACACUGCUGAGAGAAAACAAGUGUGGAGCAAGGAACAGGACAGGGGCUGUGCACUUCGCCUGGCCUGGCACUGAGUAGACGAUAGCUUCGUAUGGGUGCUUGCCCCGUAUGACCUCAUGACACUUUCCUGGUCUCU